AUGAGCUACGUCAAUCUGAUAACUUUUAUCUUUCACACUAUUUGGGAUUCCAUCGGGAUGAUCUCCAACAUGGUACUCUUCUAUCUUGUUCUGCACCGAACUCCAUCCUGUUUCAAGGUGUAUGCCAUUUUAAUUGCUAAUGCGGCUGUCACCGAUUUAAUAAUUCCAAUAAAAACUAGCUUAAUGUACUUCUCACACGGGCCGUGCCAAAUGAUAGGAGCAGAAUUUUGCUACAUCAUGUACUGUUCGGUGAUAUUCUGCUAUCAGCACUCACUGUAUUCCAUGCUGUUCUCAUUUUUCUACCGAUAUUACAUACUAAAGAAACAACAGCUUUCAACGCGGUCGCUCAAACUUCUGCUAGCGGCCAUAUCAACACCAUCAUUGUUCCAAUAUGUGAGUAAACAAAAAACAACAAACACUGCCUUUGCCACAAACACUGCGAAACAACACUGCCUCUGUGGAUUAUUGUUGAUCUUUUCAUUUCAUCUCGUUUUGCAGAUCAUUUUGUGGUUUGCGAAUGACUCUGCUACACAGCUAACGCCAAUAUUAGUGCGGGAGCUUCCGCAUUAUGACAUCACGAACGAGACAAUUUCUGGCCACUUGAAUGUAUUUGAGUGGAAAACAUUCACUGGAAUUUUGCAUAUGACGUUACCGAUAACGCCAGUCUAUAUUUCCAUUCUUAUUCUGAGGCGACGAACCGUAGCAGCUCUUUCAAGAUGCAUGAUGUCGGACAAUACAAAAAAGUUACAUAAGCAAUUGCUCCAGGCGCUUACAUACCAAGCAAUGCUGCCUGGUGCGUUCUUCAUCGGAGUUGUAUGCUACACAUGCGGUCAAAUCGGACUUUAUCAUCAUCCAUUCCUUGAAUCAUUGACGCUCAUUGCCCUUGGAAUAUUCCCUGUCUUGAGUCCCUUGAUAAGUUUGUACUUCAUAGGACCAUACAAAAGGAUUAUAUCAGAUUUUCUGCAGAGAAAGGUGCGAAGAAUGAAAUCCAGCGUAGGAGAAGCCACACCUAAGUACAAAGUGACUACUCUUGCCCAGACAUUGUAA